AAGGCUUGCGAGAAUCAAGAUAAAAGGCGUCUUCAUCCUCGCGUUUCUGUUCUUUUUUCCAUCAUCAUCCUUCAUCCACUUCUCUCUUUCUCUUUCUUUCCUCUCUCCUAAACCUCAAAAAACCAUUGCUCUGGUAGCAUUUCCUUCGUUCUCACACGAUUAUCUAGCUAUAAUCGUUUUCCUACCCUCCACGCUUCUUUCUUUCUCACUCUUGUCAACCUUUUCAAACUGGUACGUAUAGCGCCGCUUGUGCUCUACGGCCAGUAACUGACACCAGCAGAAAUCACGAUGCGUGUUUCCAAGGUUUCCGCCGCGACUGUGCUCGCUUCGACCGUCUCCGUCAAUGCGAUUCCCAUUCCCUGUCUCCUUCCCUUCCUGAGCGGCGCUGGUAGCCUCUUCGGAAGCUCGGGUCUGGGAGCCAGCUUGGGCGGCAGCGGCAGUGCUGAUUUGGGCGCCAGCCUGGGCGCCGGUGCCAGCGGUAGCGGCAGCGGAAGUGCCGGUCUGGGUGCUGGACUUGGAGGAAACGCGGCUGCCAGCCUUGGUGCGAACGCUGGUCUGGGCGCUGGUCUGGGCGCCGGCCUGAGCGGUCUCUUCGGCGGCAGCGGUAGCGGUAGUGCUAGUGCCACUGGCAGCGGCAGCGCUGGUCUGGGAGCCGGAGCCGAUCUGGGUGCCGGAGCCGAUCUGGGUGCCAACGCCGGUCUUGGUGCUGGCGCCAGCCUUGGUGCUGGCGCUGGUCUCGGCGCCGGUGCCGCUGCUACUCCUUCUGCUGGCCUGGGUGCUGGUGCUGGCCUCGGUGCUAGCGCUGGUCUGGGUGCUGGUGCCGAUCUGGGUGCUGGUGCCUCCGGUGGUGCCUCCGGUGGUGCUUCCGGCGGUGCUUCCGGCAGCGCUGGCCUGGGUGCUGGAGCUGAUCUUGGCGCGAGCGCUGGUCUGGGCGCUGGUGCUAGCCUUGGUGCUGGCGCUGGUCUCGGUGCCGGUGCCGCUGCUACCCCCUCUGCUGGCCUGGGUGCCGGUGCCGGCCUCGGUGGUAGCGCUGGUCUCAGCGGUAGUGCUGGUCUCGGUGGCAGCGCCGGUCUCGGUGCCGGUGCUGGUCUCGGUGGCUCUGGUGAUGUUUCUGGCAGCGGCAGCGGCAGCGCUGGUGCCACUCCUACUGGUGAUGUCGGUGUUUCCCCUGUUGCAACUGGAGCUGCUGGUGGUAGCGGUGAUGUCUCUGGUGGUGCCUCUGGCGAUCUCUCUGGCAGCGGCGGUGUCUCUGGCGGUGCUUCGGGCGGUCUUUCCGGCGGUGCCUCCGGCGGUGUUUCUGGCAGCGGCAGCGGCAGCGGUGAUGUUUCCGGCGGUGCUUCCGGCGACCUCUCUGGCAGCGGUGGUGUUUCUGGCGGUGCCUCUGGCGGUGCUUCCGGCGGUGUCUCCGGCGGUGCUUCUGGUGAUCUCUCUGGCAGCGGUAGCGGUGAUGUUUCUGGCAGUGCUUCCGGUGACCUCUCUGGCAGCGGCGGUGUCUCCGGCGGCGCUACUCCUACUGUUGUGGCUGGCCCCAGCGGUACUACUGUCUCCUUCGGGACUACCACCAGCGUCUCCCUUCCCGGUGGUGGUCUCACGGCUGGCGUAUCGGGCAGCGGCAGCGUCAGCGGCAGCGGCAGCGGUGAUGCUGGCGUAGGUGCUGAUACCGGAGCUGACACUGGUGCGGGUGCUGACACCGGGGCAGGCGCAGGUGGUGAUGCAGGACUCGACGCGGGAGCUGGCGGCGACGCCAGCGCCGAUGCUAACGCCAGCGCUACUGCCAAUGCUUCGGCUGAUGGAGAUGCUGAUGCCAAUGCUGAUGCUGACGCCACCGCUACUGGUGGCGGUUCUGCCACUGCUAACGCUAAUGCGGAGGCUUCUGGCUCGGGACACGCCAGUGCUAACGCCUCUGCCAACGCCUCGGCCAGUGCUUGAGUCAAUUCCGCACCUGUCAAUGCGACAAACAACAACAACUACUCCCUCACUCUGGAUCGCCGACCGCCAUCGUGAUCCCUCUUUGGCA